GCCCGGCAACGUGCCUGAAGGACCCCAACGGGCCCCGCGGGCUAACUAGCUCAGUGCCUGCUGGUCUAGAGCGUUGCCGGGAGGACCUCGUUCCCGGGAGGAUCAGGAGUGAGAUGACCUCCAUCUUGCGAAGUCCUCAGGCUCUCCAGCUCACACUAGCCCUGAUCAAGCCUGAUGCAGUUGCCCACCCACUGAUUCUGGAGGCUGUUCAUCAGCAGAUUCUGAGCAACAAGUUCCUCAUUGUACGGAUGAGAGAGCUGCAAUGGAAAAGAGAAGACUGCCGGAGGUUUUACCGAGAGCAUGAAGGUGGUCAAAUCCCUUCUUUUAUUCUCAGUGGUCCAAUCAGAGCCUACAUCCUUGCCCACAAAGAUGCCAUCCAGCUUUGGAGAACACUGAUGGGACCCACCAGAGUAUUUCGAGCACGCCACAUGGCCCCAGAUUCAAUUCGUGGGAGUUUGGGCCUCACUGACACACGAAACACUACCCAUGGUUCAGACUCUGUGGUUUCCGCCAGCAGAGAGAUUGCAGCUUUCUUCCCUGACUUCAGUGAACAGCGCUGGUAUGAAGAGGAGGAACCGCAGCUGCGCCGUGGUCCUGUGCGCUACAGUCCAGAGGAGGGCAUCCACUGUGCAGCUGAAACAGGAGGCCCAAAACCAGCCUAGUAAAAUCCUGUCAGUCUCUGAUGGGGAUUCAUGGGCUGAAGGCACUGUCUCUGCCGGACCCCAUCACCUGCCCAAAGACCUAGCACAUCACUGCCCAGCUGCUGUAAUCUAGCUCUAUCUACCUCUUCUAUGGAAUAUUCAUGGGUAUUAAGGAAGGAUGGUGACUCCUCUUUUUAUGUGCGUUGGGGGCGGGAGGGCAGUUGAGACAGGUUUCUCUGUGUAACAGCUCUGGCCGUCCCAGAACUUGCUUUGUGACCAGGCUGGCCUUGAACUCACAGAGAUUUGCCUGCCUCUGCCUCCCAAAUGCUAGGAUUAAAGGCAUGUGCCACUACCGCCCAGCUGGUGACUUCUCUUUUUGCAAAGAAAUGUCAUCCUUCCUCCUGAAGGAGCCGGCCUGUGGACUAGCCAGGAAAAUGCAGUGACUGUGUAACUAACAUUUGAUCUGGCCAUCUGGCUUCUUUAAUAAACUCUGUGUUACUGAA